CUAGACGUUCGAUAUCUUCCACUGCCACUACAACUUUAAGAGGCAAGAGACUGAUCGUGAUAUCUUGUUCUUGUUCGAGGUCGUACAGAAUAGUAUUGCUUGAUAUCUUCAGGGCGGGUUUUAGUCAUGCUAGCGCUGGCCCUCACGGCGGAUUUGGAAGGGGUGACCGACCUGAUCCCAACCGAUACACCUGAGUCUCCGUACUACUAUACUUUCAAAGUGCAAUGCACGUCAUGCCGCGAAAUACACCCGAAUUGGGUUGGCGUUAGCCGUCAUGAAACGAAUGAGCAGUCUGGAAGUCGGGGAGAAGCCAACUUUGUGUGGAGGUGCAAGAACUGCAAGAGAGAAUCAAGCGCCAACAUCAAGGCAGCUCCCGUGGCUUACGAACAAAACUCGCCCGCCAAACCGAAGAAUAUCAUCGAGAUUGACUGUCGCGGGUUGGAAUUUACCGACUUUAAACCCGAUGGCGAGUGGCAGGCGGUAGGAAUUGACUCAGGGACCAAAUUUACCGGGAUCGACUUAUCGGAGGGAGAAUGGUUUGAUUAUGACGAAAAGGCGGGAGAAGAAGUCAGCAUCAAAGACAUCAAGUGGGAGAUUAAGAGAGCCUGAAAUCUAGCAAGCGAUAUUUUCCAAAGUCCGGUAUGCGCCUUCCAAUAUAUGACUGAAUAAUGAAGAUAGUAGCGCCGAAGGCCUUGCUAUGAAGUCCUGGUACUCAGCCUCGUAGGCACAAGGC